GUAACUUCCGGUAAAAACAAAGAAGAUGGAUGACAGAUAUGUUCAAUAUUUGUCAUCUGUAAAUCCAAUCGCCAAGAAAAUCGUGAAGGACGAAGAAAGAUUGGCUUAUGCAUUACAACACCAAUGGAAACACCUUAGUUUUAAGGAGCAAGAGCUGCUUAUUGAUGAUUAUUUAGUAGAUCUGACAACAAGAGAAAAAUAUUCAGCUCUUGACAAACCAUUGACUAAUAAAACUUCCUUUCCAAAAUAUAAAAUCGACACUGGCGAUAAAAUUGUUCUCGAUUUCGAUAAUGAUUGCUGGACUUGGCAAGAUGACCACUCUUCGCCAUUUAAUUGGAGAACAAAGAGCCAACAAGAUCUAACCCUUGAUGAUCUGGAGCCAGACACCUUGUGCAAAGUACCCACUAAGGGAAAACGAAAGGAGUCUAGUAGCGAGACGCUUUCUGAAAAUGAUGCAGACAAGGAAAAUCAAACAAGUGAGCGCGAGUUCUCGGUCUUGUCGUAUGGUGCUGUAUGGAGGUCAUCAGAGCUGCUUAGAGGAAUUGAACAGCCAAAAUUACAGAAAAGAUCUUCAGGUUUGGAAUCAAUUAAGACAACAGAGAAUGGAAUAAUUGAAACUGAACCUGUUUCCAUCCCUACCCACAUUCCUGACAAGGUUAAUUACGCAUUCAAGGCAAGUGCAGACAAUCUCUCCAGUUCCCCAGGUUCUCUGGAAAUAAUUCGCAGUCCGUCUCUGUCCAGCGGAGAAAUCCUCAGCGGGUCCUUGAGCAGCAGUCAGAGUCGCGAACAUGUACCAGCAGGGGCGCAACAUCAGCGGUUAGUCAAGUCUGUCAGUAAAUCUGUCAAGUCGCUUAUUUCAAAUAAAUCCCGUUCUGAAAAAGAUUCCAAUUCUCUCGUGGCAAUGAUUGAUGAUGAAAGACAUGCAUUUGAUAAUCCGGUCCUCGAAAGCGACUUUACCUCAUUUGUGAAUCAAGGCCAUGAUGAUGAGGAUACGAGCUCCUCUACUCCCUCCCCGUACAGGAUGCUGCUGAAGGAGCCUGGUUCCGUAGAAAUGAGCAGGGGAGACAACUCUGAUCUGCUUGGGAACGACGACAGUUUCCAGGAUGAAGUGAUCAAGAUUCAGACGGAAGAAAGAGCGAGUCUCAAUGCCUCGUCGCUUUCCAAGACUGGGUUUGAUUUCCUAGACAAUUGGUAAUGUGUCGAAAUGUUUUCACUGGAAAUUCAAGGCAAUCUCAUUUAAAUCAUCCUUGUUGGCUGUAUACAAUGUUCAUAGUGGAACUUUUAUUCAACUUUCUUGAAAUUAUAGUAAGUGUAUAUGGCUGGUUCAUUACAAUUCAAUUUUAUCUUGGUUUUACUUUGGAAAGAUUCAACUUUUAUUUUUAAUACAGUAUUUCAAGUAUAAACUUAAUUGAAUUUGAAUAUUUUUUUUGUACCUUUGACUUAAGUUGUUCCUUUGCAACUUAGUGAAUGCCGCCCCAGCUUGACACUACUAAGCUACACGUAUUAUACAACUUUAGAGAUCAAUUACUCAGUGCCAAGAAAGACCUCGCUACCUUAACUCUUCUUCAAUUUUUAUUUGGAUUUUUUGCAUUUUUAUUUAAAAAUGUAUUGGCAUUUGCCUAUAGUUCAUAAAUGAAGCUAUGUCCCUGCUCUUGUGUCAGUGAAGAUGAAUAAGCAUAUACGUCUAUUUGAGCCUGCUUCUGUGAAAACAGGGUUUAAUGCAUGUUUGUAAAGUACUGCAUAUUUAAUAUUUGCAUUCGAUAUGCAGUCUGCGCAGGCUAAUCAGCAAGAUACUUUCCACUUUUAUAGAAUUUUUUGUUCAAAUGAAAUCUCUUCUAAACCAAAAUUCAGUAUUGGGAGAAAGUGUUGUCCCUGAUUUUUGGGACUGCACAGGCUAAACUGUGACGACAACACAUUCUAUUCACGUGCAUUAAGCCCAGUUUUCCUGGAAUGCUGCUCAUUUAUUGCCACAUCACUGCCUGUAUUAAUGCAGAUCUCUUGCCAUCUUCAACAUCAUAAUUUACAUUCAAGAUGUGCUUUAAGUUAAUAUGUUGGGAAGAAUAUUAUGUAAGUUUUUUUGUAAAUUUUUUAAAUACAUUUAUUAUUUGGAGAGGUAUCAAACAAUGUAAAUAAAUCAUAUUAUGAAAAAUGUAAUGAUUUUGCUAGUGUGUUUGAAUCUCAAAUUUCAGAACAGAUAGUUUGUGCAAUAAAUUAUCUCAAUCAACUGGUUGUAUACAUGUAUACUCAAACAUAUUUUUCAAGAGCAUGUUAGAAAUGGAAAUGAUCAGCAUUCAGAUUUGUAUCUGUUGUUUAUUAGGACAUAGGUUGUAUUUUUAUUGAUUAUAGUAUUAUACAUUAUUGCUUUGUUUGAAAUUAUUUAAAUGCAAAAUAUAUUAAUUAUGUAUAUCAAUGCCUGUAUUUUUAUUAAAACAGUUUUUGGAAAUUGAA